CAAGGACCUUGUUACAAAAUAAGGCUUUACACUGGAAUAAUUUCAGUAGUAUAAUAAUGUUCAGUGUAAGAGUAAUUAUUAUGAAAUCUUAUUGUUUUGUGAAUUGUAAUUAUUUGAUUAUUAGUUGUUUUUGAUCAAAAUGGCUGAUUUGAAUAUACAUGUUGCUGACAGCGUAGAACCAGUAACUCCUAUGCAAGAAAUCAACAAAGCUUAUGAACUGAGCAAAUUUGGCCGGUUUCAUGUGAAACUUCUAUUUGUGAGUUUCUUUGGAUGCAUCGCCAGUAUCCUAGUUACUAAUACAACUUCGUAUUUAUUGCCGAUAGCAGAAUGUGACCUGAAUAUGAAUCUCAAACAGAAGGGGCUGUUGACUGCUAUGCCUUAUUUUGGUAUGUUCGUGUCAACAGUUAUAGCUGGUUUAUUGAUUGACACGUUUGGUAGAAUAUAUUUCCUAAGGAUUGGAUUUGGUGGAAUAUUUCUAUGUACAUUAUUCUCCGCGUCCAGUCAGACCUAUGAGAUGUUAGCCGCUGCAAAACUCUGUGAAGGUAUACUAUUUGCGACAUCUCUAGCAGCAAUAUCUUCGCUGACGUCAGAAUUUUGUCACACGUCAGUGAGAGAUCGUGUUAUGCUUUGUCAGUCCUCAUUUGCUGCUCUUACGCAGAUUCUAUCACCAGCCAUGGCUUGGGGUAUACUCAUACAGGAUUGGAAGUAUAGCUUCUUUGGAGGCCGUUUUGUACUUAACAUUUGGAAUUUUUACCUACUUAUAAUGUCUUUAUGGUCGCUAACAGCCUUCUUACUGUACAUGAUUUUGCCAGAAAGUCCAAAAUAUUUGGUAACACAGAAAAGAUAUGUCGAAGCGAAGAAUAUUUUGAUUCAAGUUUAUUCCGAGAACACAGGAAAACCUGCCGACACUUUUCCGUAUAAGAAUAUAUUUGAAAAAGAGAUUAAGGAGGCUGAAAAUGACAAAUCUGAUGGCGAAGUUAAAGUAAAUUUCACUAAGAAAAUUUUGAUGUCACUUAAGAACAUGAAACCGUUACUGAGAAGACCUCUGUUGGGAUAUUUGUGUUUAAUUGCAGUAAUGCAAUUCAUUACUCUUGGAACACACAACGUUAUACGGUUGUGGUUUCCGCAGCUGUCGACAAUUGUGGAACAUUACAAUUUAGAGGGUGGUCAAAAUUUAUGUGGCCUGUUAGAUGAAUAUACAGGGAGCUUGGAAAUCAAAAGUCUUUCGAAUUCUACUUCAGACGUUUGUGUACCGCACGUGAGCGGUUCAGAAACGUAUAUCAACAGUAUAAUUAUAGGCCUUAUAAGCCUUCUGCCAUACUUCAUCAGUGGGGUCAUUGUGAAUAAGGUUGGGAAAAAAGUUUUGCUGUUCGUUGGAGGUCUAAUUUCCAGCGGAUCCUUGCUAGGCCUGAAAUGGUCGAACUCCAAGACAAUGAUGGUAGCAUUCUUCUCUUCGAAUAUAGCAGUUACUCAGACGAUGAAGAGUUUGACACAAGUUGUUCUGAUUGAGGUUUUUCCUACUGCUAUGAGGACGCUAUCACUGUCUCUAGUAAUGUUGACUGCUCGUAUGGGGACUCUGGUCGGCAACGUCGCAUUCCCCAUACUGCUAGCCAUGGGCUGUUCCAUACCUUUCUACACGAUGUCUGCUCUCAUGGGAUUUGUCGUGAUAUUAACUGUAUUCCUACCAAAGAAGAAACAAUAAAGUACUUAUUAGUUUAAUUUAGUAUUUAAGGCAAAAUGCUUAAAAUAUACCUAAAU